UAAUCGACACUUGUACCACCGCUAACAGUCACUCUGAAAACAACCUUUCGCGUAAUAAAUAUUUUCGUGGAAUUUGAAGGCGAAAAAAAAUAAAAAUCAAACGAUUCGUUGGCCGAUAAAACCGGUGAUUAAACUGUAGCAGCGCAGAAAGCAGCAAACACAGAAGUACAGAUUGUGCUAAUUUUGCAAACAAAGUUCCCACCCACUGCUUGACGUUAUUGCUUGAGCAAACAUGAAAACUCCCGUUUCCGCUGCUGCGAAUUUAAGUAACCCGAAUGCUGGCAGUUCCGGAGCAGCUGCCAUUCAGAUCGUACCUAAAACCGAACCCGUGGGAGAAGAAGGCCCCAUGUCGCUGGACUUUCAGUCGCCGAACUUGAGCACAUCCACCCCGAAUCCUAACAAGCGUCCCGGCUCGCUUGAUCUGAACAGCAAGGGUGCCAAGAACAAGCGCAUCUUCGCACCACUGGUCAUCAACUCACCGGAUCUGUCAUCCAAGACGGUAAACACACCUGAUUUGGAGAAGAUCCUGCUGUCCAACAAUCUGAUGCAAACACCGCAGCCGGGCAAGGUGUUCCCCACCAAGGCGGGGCCCGUCACCGUGGAGCAGUUGGACUUCGGCAGGGGAUUCGAGGAGGCCCUACACAAUCUCCACACUAACUCCCAGGCAUUUCCGUCCGCCAAUUCCGCCGCCAAUAACACAACUGCGGCAGCCAUGACGGCGGUAAGCAAUGGCAUCAGCGGAGGCACCUUCACCUACGCCAACAUGACCGAGGGCUUCUCGGUGAUUAAGGACGAGCCCGUCAAUCAAGCCGGCUCGCCCACUGUUAGUCCCAUCGACAUGGAAACGCAGGAAAAGAUCAAGCUGGAGCGCAAGAGGCAGCGUAACCGUGUGGCUGCAUCCAAGUGCCGCAAGCGCAAGCUGGAGCGCAUCUCAAAGCUGGAGGAUCGCGUAAAGGUACUCAAGGGCGAGAACGUCGACCUGGCUAGCAUCGUAAAGAACCUCAAGGACCAUGUGGCGCAACUGAAGCAGGAGGUGAUGGAGCACAUUGCCGCGGGCUGCACGGUGCCGCCGAACUCGACAGACCAAUAACAUUUGGAGUUGUCAGCCGGGGAGGAGGAUGAGGAGGACGUGGCACUGGAGACUGAAACCCCCUCGAAUCCUGAAGAUCCCGAGCAGCCCAUGCCUCUGGAAUUCUUUUCGAGUGCUAGCACCGGUGCCUUGGAGCUGGAGGGCUCGGCCUCUCAGGAUAUUUCCCUAACUAACAGCGAACUCCUGGAGGAGGAUAGCGAAAAUGAACGGCCUCUGGUGCUCUACAUCCUCGCGGACGACGCAACCUGAGGCUUUGUGCCUUUCUAUGGUUUUAGCUGCAAUAUCUGAAAUGCUUCUUAAGUGUUUUGUUUACUUAGUUAUUAGUAUAAGAUAGUUUUAAUCAAGUAUUAUCUGUGUUGAACGUAAGAUAAUAUGUAAUGUAAUUUAAAAAUAUACGUAUAUUUUCUGCACUUGA